AUGCGUUUUCUUCAAGCGAAACUUCGUCGAAAAUGGCAGCAGAUAAGUUGAUUAAAGACAUCCAUGAGAUCUAUGCUAGGCUCUUCGACCACAAGCCAGUGGUGUCAGCAGAGAUCAACUUCUUCGUGAAAGAGUUUGAGGAGAAGCAUGGUGGAGAAAAAGAUACUGAACAACUGAGUCAGGCAUCUAAAAAUUUGGAAGACAUAGCUCAGACGCAGAUCCCCCUUUCAAUACAGUUAAUGGAGAAACAUGUUUCUGAUGUAGUUGGGAAAUUGAACGUGGCUAUAGAAAUAUGCAAUAAGAUAUCUACCCAAGAGGCAGAUUUAUCUCAGGAUGAAACUCUGAAGCAGGGAAGGGAAAUGCGUGCAGCGGAAUGGUCUGAAUUUAUCGACGACAUGAGCGCCCAGUCUGUUGAGCUGGAUCGAGAGUAUGAAAGUAGUGUAUUGGAGUUGAAGAAUUAUUACACAGACUUGGAGCAGAAAUUGAAGAUAAGAUAGCUUCUUCUUGACUGAAAAAAAAAGAACUACACUGUCAUUAAAUUAAUGAAUGGUUGUAACGACUUGGGAAGUGGUAUUUAAGGGUUCAGAAGUGGUUUAUUUAUUUUCCUCAAAUUUUUCCACCAGAGGCGUUGGUGAGAAAAGAACAUAUGAGAUGCCGAAACAGUCUAGUUCAGUUAGAACUUUUUGCACCAAAACGCAAUUUAUAUUUCUCUCAUUUCUAAUGAUGCACAUAAACAUUGGUAGUCUCAUCAGAUUUGAUUUUUUGCCUAAAAAAAGGUCCUGUUUAAAUUAUAACAUUUGAAAAAAUUGGAAUAUGUUUGAAGCGUCUUGUACUGCUUCAUUUUAAAAGAGACUGCAGUGAUCAGAUGUAUUAGAGACCAUUUCCACAGAUAUUUAGAUCGAUCUAUCCCUCUGGGGAGUCUCACUAGAUUGCUGUCAGCUAAACCGG